UUUUAUCCCUUUCCUAUGGGACUGUACUAUUACAAUUUGAUCUGGAGACCACAAAAACAUUACUUUCAAUUUUCUAUGACGAAAAUCAGAAUCUCUCAACGUUGGAUAUGAAUUUGGUGUUUCAGAAAAGCAAUUUGUGGUAUCACAUAUGCUAUAUAAUUUAACAACUUAAGCGCCAUCACCAUUGAACUUGUGUUUCUUUUGCAUUAGUGUUUUUAUUUGCCAAGAAAACUAUUCAGAAAGACAAUUUUUUUGCUUCUUCAGAAUAGUUUCCAUGCCUAAUAUAACUCAUCUACCUGUCUUGUCCAUCCAUCAUGUACUUAUAUUUUAAAAAAUGGGAAAAGGUCCUUGUUACAAAAAUGAUACAUUGAACUUCUUGUCUGAUGUGUUUAGUGCUCAGAGUAUUAGCUCUAACUAGGAGUUCUACCAUAUUCUUUACAAUAAUAACGUUUUUUUGAAUUUUUGAGUUUAGCAGGGCAAAGAUGACUCUAUCAGAAGAGAGUUCUCGAGACUUUUCAGAGUUCGUAAGACACUGAUGGAAAUGUUGGCCGAUAGGGGCUACCUUGUUGGAGAGUUUGAGAUAAACAUGUCAAAACAUCAGUUCCUUCAGAAGUACGGCGAGAACAUGAAGAGAGAAGACCUUGUAAUUCAGAAAGCCAAGCGCAACAACAGUUCUGAACAGAUAUAUGUGUUCUUUCCGGAGGAGGCAAAGGUCGGUGUUAAGACAAUAAGACCUUAUGCAGAGCGCAUGAAAACAGAUGUCUUACAAGCAAUUCUAGUUGUACAACAAAAUUUGACUCCCAGAGCUCGCGAUUUAAUAAAUGAAGUAUCUACAAAGUUCCACUUAGAGUUUUUCCAGACCUUGGGGAGCCCGAGGCGUAAGUUGGGAUUAGCUUGAGUUGGGCUAGCUUGGAGUGCGUACGAGGUAUAGACGCACAGUUUGGUGAUCCACCAGUUUAGAACACCCUCUUCUGCUGUUUGGAGUGCUCCUAUCAUUCCGGAGCCUGCAUUUUGGUAUAUAUUCGUUCUUUGCAUAUGUAUAUAUUUGUUCAGGGGUACGGCGGGGCCCUGUCCCGCCAUAUGAUUCAGUUGGUCUGUUUAGAGGUCUGUAGACGUAUGUGGGUUGUGUCUACUUCUGUACAGGUGUGUUUGUAUGAUCCUAUUCGCCAUGGCAGCCUUGUCGGCAUGCAAUUGUAUAUGUUUUGGGGCCGUUGCGCCAUUUGAUAGCCUUGUCGGC